AUGGAAACGACAUCGAUGUCAUGCGACAAUUCACUGAAAAAACUUUGCGAACAGUAUGAUCAAGAAAUGGCCGAUACGGAAGUAGAUCUUGAUAUACAUGAUAAACUUAUAAAACUCAUGAAGGAAAAUCGUGCAAUCAACCAGCAACAAUUCUCAUCCAUACAGAAAAACACGGAACAAACAGAAAAAGAGUUGCAGCUGCUAGAUGAGAAGACAAAUGAACUUGUUCAAAGUACUAACUUACAAGGCGAGAAAAUUGAAGAAUUGAAACGCGUUCAACAGCAAAUUAUGGGUGGUAUCAGUGAUGCUCAAAACUGCUUGCUUGCUGCUCAAAAUACUACUCGAGAUGACUUGGAAAAAUUGCAUUCGAUGGAAAGAGAAGCUCAGAACCUUCUAAAAAGCAAUUUGGCGUCAUCAAAUUUUUCUAACGUUGCAUCAAAGUUGCAAAACUGCGAUAAAAUGUUUUCUUCGAAAGUGCAAGAAUCAAUCGACUAUUUAGUUUCAGUGAAAUCAAUUGCGGAUGAAGCUAAUCAUCUAGAAAAUCUUGAGGAAGUUUUAGAAGAAAUGAGAAUGGAUGCAGCAAAUCUGGAGGAACAAAUUGGUGAAAUUGAUGCUCACUGUUCGCUUUGUCACAAGAAAAUCGUUAAGUUGAAUAUGGAACAAGAAGAAGAAAAGCAACGACGGAAUUCUAUAUCGGAAAAAUAUAAACAACGUAAAAGGCAUAUUGCGGAACUUACACGUAAUCUUAAUAUUCGUAAGAACGAUAAAAAAUUACUUGACGAAAGCAUGAAUUCUAAGGAGCAAGAAUUGAAAGAAAACGAAGAACGUUUUAAAAAAAAAAAUGCCGACGCUGCAGCUAUUGAACAAGAAAUAAAUACUAUAAAGAAUCAAUUAGCUAAACUUGAGGAUGUUAUAAAAUUUGAGCGCGAGAUGCACGAACAAAAAGUUCAGGAAAUUAAGGAGGGAGGUGAAGCCAAUAUAUGCGCUAUAAAAUCGGUUUUGAUGGAUUUGCGUGAAAAAGAAAGCACGAUGCUUAUGCAGAUUCAACAAGCUCACGAUGAUCUCAAUAAAAAAUCAGAAUUGGAGGCUCAUAACAAAAUCAAUGAGGGAAUGGAACGGAAUUUAGAACAGUUGAAGCAGGAGAAAGCACAACUUCAGCUUGAACUUGUCGAAAAAGAAAGCCGUCGCAGUGCACAGCUUUCUGGAAUGAAAGCUAUGAGAAGUGCAUAUCAAGAAAAUAAGCUGGAAGCUUCGAAGAAACGUGAAUUUUUGGUGGAAGAAGUGAAGCGUAUGAGUGAACAAAUUCUAGGCUUAAAGCAUAAGAUCCGAGAGGAAGAACGGCGUCUUAAAGCUCAACGAAAUGCAAUGGAUAGACAACUGAAGAUGGUAACUGUUAGCAAGGGCAUUGGUACUCUUAUAUGCUCUGCUUCUGAAAAAGACGGAAAAUCUCGACAAGAUGGCACAGAAGCAGCACAUGGAUCACUGACAAAAGGAUCGACAAGUCAAGGAGAAGUAGGACAAGAAUCAGAAGGAAUGGAGUAUGAUAAGAUAGAGAAGAGCGAGGGAAAUGUUAAAUAUGUCAAGCCAGAAAAGUCUGGAAGCGAGGAAAUUAUUGUUAGGAAAAUUGAUCCACGGAAACAUCUUACGAAAAAAAAUUCUGCAUCAGAUGAGAAAAUGAACUCAACUUCUGUUCUCUCAGAAAUCAAAGAGCCACUUCUCACUGUUAAAAGAAGUGACGAAAGAGGAAGGGCACAAAUAUCAAGCGCUGAACAAGAAGAAUCGAAAUUUUCGCAAUCCACUGCAAAUUAUAAAGCGUGUCGCCAGACGCGUAAAAAACGCGAGCAAAAAAAGGAACAGUCAACUCAUAAUUUGGCUGUUACACUUUUCGAUAGUGACGUGUCAGCGAGCACUAUUAAACCGAUGUGCGCCUCAACUCCACUGCUUCAGAAAAAUGAUGAAUCUUCUGCAUUUUAUAACGAUACAGUGAAAGCUACGCAAAAGAAACGCGGAAGACCAAAAGGGAAAAAAGCUGGAAGAGGAACACGUGCUGGAAAUGAUAACUCGAAAUUUGGAAAGAAGAAAGAUGCGUAUGAUUUGGACAGUGACUUUGAUUAA